CGAAAGCGAGUCCCAGUUUCGAACGAACCCCCGAACGAGAAGUUUCCCGUGCUCCGCUUUUUGGUUACCCGUGGAAAGUGAGCGGUAUGACGAUCAUAUAUGCAGCAACGGCAGCCGACGGCAAAUCGGAAACCAUCUUUGUCCCAUCUGCCCCAUGCGGCACCACAGGAUGUGCACCCCAGCCCUAUCCACAGCCCUAUCCACAGACACAGCCACAGCCGCAGCCAGCUCCAGCGGUGACUGUGACUGUUACACAGACGCGAUUCCUGCAGAAUUCAAACCGGAGAUCGGUUGCGUCUACAGCCAUUUUCUGGUUUCUGGCAUACGGAGGCAUGGACUUGGCCCAAAGUGUGGGCUGGAAUCAGCCCGCUAGCGUUAUUAUCCUGACGCCCGAAUACCAAUACAGUUGGUUUAUCGGUGUCAUCAUUGGAGCCUGUGUGGCUGCUCUCACAAUGACAUUCCUGCCAAAGAUCGCGUAUUAUCUCCUGGGUGGCAUUAUGCAGCUGACGGGCGGUAUUAUCUUCACCAGUGCCCCCUACGAGUACACAGCUCUCCUGGCCGCCCGCUAUGUGGGCGGAGUGGGCAUCGGCCUGAUCACAGUGCCCUUCCUCAUCCACGUCGCCGAGAUAUCCACGCAGACACGCGGCGUUGACUCGGCGAUGGAACAGGUCGGUUUGGCGAUUGGUAUCUGCAUCCAAGUGACCUACGACACGGAAUGGACGCUGGACUUGGAUGUAUCCACGAACCUGGCCCACGGCAUUGGUGGGAUUAUAUUCUCAGUGAUUGGCUUGUUGACUACCCUGUUAUCCGUGGAGUCGCCCAUCUUUUAUAUACGCCGCAACCAGGAGGAGAAGGCGCGCCAGUGCCAGCAAAUGCUCGUGGGCGCCAACCUUCCAAAGACUGCCAACGAGCUCUUCGAGGAGGCCAGGCUCUAUGUGGUGGAGAGUGAGAGCAGGAGCCUCGGCGAGGAGCUGUCCGCUUCCGUGAUUCCCUUCUGCAAACUCUUCUUUUUCCGGUGCUUCGUGGCGUUCACCAUCUCCCUGCCCCUGACAUGGUCCAUCGUGGCGAGCACGGCCGUCUCUGAGGGCAGCAUCAACGCCUGGCCUCUGUAUGUGUGGAGCACGCUGCGUUUCAUCAGCACCCUCGUCGCCAUCAGCACCCUGGACUUGCUGGGACGCAAGAGCGUCUCUAUGUUUGGUCUAGCCGUCAUAGCCGGUCUGAUGAUUGGCAUGGGUGGAAUAUAUGCCGACCCGACCACCAUCUACGACUGGGAGUCCAUGGGGCAGGUGUGCAACGUGUCACUGGCCUUCCAGGCAUUUGCCGGACUCUUCAUCUGCAGCUCCAGCCCCUAUCUGGGCGAGGCGUUUCCCAUGCGAGUCAAACCGUUCUUGGUUGGCCUGAUCGUGGCCUGCGAGCAGGUGGUCCACAUCAUUGUAAUAGCCGCCUUCAAGCCCACAUCGGAGUACCUCUACCAGUACUUCCUGAGCGUGGGAAUUAUCAUGCUGCUGGGCGUGGUAUUCUUUUCUAUCGUCAUGCCGGAGACGAAGAAACUGUCGCUGCGAAAGGCUGGCGAGCGGUUACAGAGAGUAAAUAAUAUUACCUCCUACUAGACCUACGAAUCGUUCGAUCGAUGGAAGAUCAAUGUUGAAUAAACUAUUAAUUCAAGAAUUCUACAAGUUCUAAGAAGUU